AAGAAGACAAAACUAAAUGAAAAGUUGUGUGGCUAAGCGCGUUUUUCGGGCGUCUCUUCAAUUCAACAAAAAUGGAUAAGUGGCUCACUCGGCAAAACAAUAUAACUAAAGAAGCAGAUUGUGAUGAAAAGUAAGUAUUACUAUUUACAAGUGGUUUUUGUUUCGUUGACACUUCCGUUUAGCAAUAAUGAAGGCGAAGAGGGGCAAAAUGAAAACCCGGCCAAAAAGAAAAAAUUUGAAAUUCGUUUUAGGAAGGAAUGGAAAGAAACCUAUCCAUGGUUACAAGAAGAUCCAAAUAUUAAACAGGGUAAAAAGUGUUUAUUGUGUUGCGUACCCAUUUUCGGCAACUUAAGCCAUAUUUUUCGCCAUGCAAAUACUGAUUUGCAUAAGAAGAAUGAAAAUAUUGCGAAAUCAACGAUUAAAAUUUCCAACUUUACUCAGCAAAAUAGUGAAGAAAAUAGAAUUAUGCAUUCUGCAAAAGAUCUCGAAAUUCGUUUAUGCUUGUUUGUGGCAGAACACAAUCUACCUUUUACAUCGUUGGACCAUCUAUCGCAGUGCGUAAAAACAGUGAAGGACUCAAAAAUAGUUUCGAAAAUGUGUUUGAAUCGGCAAAAAGGGCAGAAAAUAAUAACGUCAAUAACCGGACCAGAGAAUUGCAAAUCAAUUUGCAAUGCAGCUAAUACGCAAUAUUACUCUGUGAUCAUAGACGAGAGUACAGAUGUGUCCAUGAACAAAAAUCUUGCAGUUAUUAUACGGAUUUUCACACAAAACUGCAGAGACAGGUUUUUAGAUUUUGCAUCGGUUGCCAAUUCUACUUCGAUAGGAAUUUUUAAUAGCCUGAUGAAGGUAUUGAAGGACCAUAACAUUUCCACAGAAAAUUUACUCGGGUUUGCUGCAGACAACUGUAACGUUAUGAUGGGCAAACGCAAUGGCGUCCAAGCGAAACUAAGAGCGAUUUGUCCAAAAAUAUUUAUAAACGGAGAUGUUUGUCAUAAUUUAAACUUAUCUUCAGAAGCAGCUGCUUCAAUGCUCCCCAGAGAUGUUGAGAAACUUAUGCCGAGCAUUAAUCAUCACUUUUGCCAUAGUGCAAGCCGAAAGGCUGAUUUUUUUUAAUUCCAACAAGAGUUUGGAAGUGAACUGCA